CUCCCACUUCUCCUGUUUUGCCACGUGGAGUUUUCUCUAUCUCUCCUGCGUCCUUUCCCUUGUUUUGUUUUCCCCUCUCAUAAAAUCUGAGAAUCAUGACACAGAGAGGAAACCCUAGAAAAUAAUUUAAGUGAUAUCGCAGGUUCAUGUGUUUGUUUAGUAUAUGCAGUCUUAGCUUGAAGCUUUUGAGCCGUUCACUAGAGAAUUGAUGUACAAUGAUAGCGCUGAAGAAAGAAGAAGAGACGGAGCUGGAGUUAGGAUUGUCAAUUGGUGGAGGUUUCAAAAGGUCAGAGAAAGUGAACCCCAUCAAAAGCGAACCGGUUCAGUUUGAAAGUAUGAGAGAUCCAAGAACUAGUUGUUUCGAUACAGAUCGGAGAGAUAAUCAUCCAAAAAUUUCGACUGCUCUCCAGCUUGAAAGAAUGGGUGUUGAGCCCCAGGUAAAACGCGAAGUUGAGGCAUUACGGAGACAGGAAGCUAAGAAGAAACGACAAGAGAAACAGCAACGUAAAGGAAUAACAGAAAGUGAAGAGUGCAUCAACGGUGGUUUUGGAGUUAUACACGAUAACAAGAUGUGGUUAAAAUCACCAAAACUCGAGACUAGAGAACGGGAGUUUGAUGUAAACGAAAGAGAAUGCAAGAAAAAUAGAGUAGAAGAUAACGGAUCCCGAAACAGUAAUGCGGAGAUGAAAAUGAAAAAUGUGAAUCUCAAUUUUACCGUAGAGCAAAACAUCAACAACAUGAAUCAAAAUGACAGCUUAAGUUCUAAUCCAACUGCAUUCUCCUCGCCUGCGGUUNAGAAGUGCAGUGUGAUAGUAGGGACGGACUCCAACUGUAAAUAA